GUCGAAGCUGAACUGCAGCAUUCAACCAUUGCACUAGCCACUAUCUCCGAACGUGCAAACGUGCGCCCCUGAGCCUUGGCAUCAGUUGGUGUUUGAUAUUUGCCGUCGAAAUCCCGUGACUGUGGUAGGACUUGGUCCUGCCUUUGUUCUCGCUUUGGUCUCACAUAAAUCGCCACUGGUCUUUUCAAUCAAGUUGCAAGUACUGUUCGUCGUUGGUAACCCGUGUCUGUACCCCCUCCCCCUCGUCACCUUGGCCAUGCCUUCCCAAAAACGUACACGCGAAGACUCCGGCGACCAGCUGGACAGUGAGGUUGUGCAGCAUCGCCCAGAAAUCCAUGCCAACAAGACGAAUAAGGUCUCUACUCUCACUCAAGAGUUCAAAACAGAAGUCGAGUCAAUGCCAAGAAUCUGGUUGAUAGAUGAUGAAGAUAUCAACACCCAAACAAGCCGUUUCUCGCGUUCCUCAUCUCCAUCCCCCAUUCCAUACGAGCCCAGUCUUCCUCUCCGCAGCUCCGACCCAUCCACAUCCAGUCAUUUGGAUGCGACAUAUCAUCCAAUCCCAUUGAAUCUCUUUUGUGAUACCAUCUUUGGUCCUUGGAUGCAGUGUACCAAAGACGGAGUCCGUCAUGUGCCUGCUCGGCGCGAAUUUUACGGAGAUUACGACUUCGAAGCUGGAUUCUGUCCACCCCAGCCAUAUUUAGACGCGUAUAAGAAGUACAAUGCCUCUUUUGACUCAAGGGAAGGAGCGUCGAAUCGUAGAGUGUUACUUGCCAAUUUGCUCAACUCUAUGUUGGACGAAACUUCUCCUUCGCUUCGGUGUCAUACAGAGCCCACAAAAGGCAAAACGGAUGAAUGGCCGGAGACGAUUAUGGGUUUCCGUUAUCAAGACGUACGUCCCAUUGAGGAGUUAUCUGCAUUGCACCACAUUGUAGUUGCAGUAGACGUUCAGUCGAUGCCGGAUGAUGCUGAUGACCUUGACGAUGACGAAGAGUAUGACUAUGAGUAUGAGUAUGACGAGGAAAGUGAUGAUGACAAUUGUAGGAUUUAUCCUCCCUAUCCGCUGCCAGGGGAGUUUGCAGCAGAGCAUGCGCUUCCUCGCUAUGCUUCUCGACUUCGAUCUUAUGCAUCAGCCAUCUCCCGUUCAGGAUGCAGGCGCCAUGUCCUCGGCAUCCUCGUUAGAGGUGCCUGGCUCUCCUUAUACGCCUUUGAUCCCAGUGGGGGCGUCUAUACCCCAUUCAUGAGUCUUGUCAGCGAGUCCAACACAAUCAUUAAUGUUCUUCAACGUCUUGCAGCAUCAGACCCUGUAAGACUUGGAAUGGACCCCACCUUUAUUUCGGACAAAUUGCCUUCCCAUACUGCGUUCGGGACCCUUGCGGGACGUUCGAUCAUGAUCGGGGGCCAUCGAGUAACGCUUACAAACUCAAUUUAUGCGGAAGGAGGGUCAAAUAGCUGGGGUGCCACUAUUUUCGAAGCCAAGUGCCAAUCCGAUACAAUUAUCGACCUAGCGGGGCGUCAGCGCAAUUUCAGGUGUGGUCCCUUACCCGACAAGGCGCUAGUCAAGAUUCAUUGGAAAAAGACAACGUUCGAUGAACCCUACGCUCCCAUCGGAAAGAUGCUGACGUAUUUACCGGGCGCAACCAAUGCUGAGGUUAGGGUCACAGAACUACGGUGCCGACUGUCGGAUGGGAUUCGAAAAGAGUUGCGCUUGGGAUUUUUUGAAGAUUACUGGGAUAUGGAGCAAUGGGUCGAAUUCAUAGCUCCAAACAGCUCAGCCGUCAACUUCGAAGAAUUCAAAGCCACCUUCCUCAAGUGCCAGUAAUUUGUUGCAAUCAGGCUGUUCUGUAUGAGUUUUGGCGCUUGUAUAUUUAGGUCGUAUUUAUG